AUGGAGCAAGCAAAGGCUCUGAACGCCUUAGAGCCGUUCCUGGCCUUGAGCAAGUCGGCGACCUCGCCCCGCGCCGCCGCAGACCUCAUCACGCGCGCGACGUCCGCCCCCGGCACGUUCAUCUUCGCCGAGCUGCUCGCGGCGCCGCAGAUCCAGGCCCUCGCCGGCGCCGCCCCGGAGCUGGCCGCACACCUCACGCUCCUGCACAUCUUCAGCUACGGCACCUACGAGACGUACGCCUCGACGCCCGGCCUGCCCGCCCUCGCCGACGCCCAGGCCUCCAAGCUGCGGCAGCUCUCGCUGCUGACCCUCGCCCGCCGCAGCGGCGGCGGCGACAACCGGGCCUCGCUCAGCUACGCCCGCCUCAUGCAGUCGCUCGCCCUGCCCACCCAGCGCGCCCUCGAGGACCUCGUCAUCGCCGCCGUCUACGCCGGCCUGCUCGCCGCGCAGCUCGACCCCGCCCGCCAGGUCGUCCAGGUGUCCAGCGUCGCGCCCCUCCGCGACGUCGCCCCCGGCGCCGUGCCCGACAUGAUCGCCGCCCUGCGCGCCUGGUCCGCCCGCUGCCAGGCGACGCUCGACGAGCUGGAGGCGCAGAUCGCCGGCAUCCGCAGGGAGGCGGCGCGCAAGGCGGCGGAGAAGCAGCGCUGGGACGCGACGAUCACCCGCCUGGUCGAGGACGAGAAGGCCAGCCAGGAGGGGGGAGGAGGGGGAGGAGGAGGAGGAGGACACGCUGCGGGGAAGAAGCCGAUGACGCUCAGCACGGCACACGGCAAGCCGCGGUUCGGCAAGAGGGGAAGCAGCCUGCUCAACGAGCCGAUGGCGACCGAGGACGAUGACGAGGCGAUGGAUCUAGACGACGACGACGAGGCGGACGGCAAGAAGCGGACGAGCCGGCGCAAGCUGUAG